AUGGUGAGUGACUGCGAUAAGUUUUAUCUAGUCGUCAGUGGUGAUGAUUAUGUAACUAUCGCUAGCGGCUAUAAUAUUAGUCUGACCUACUUCUAUGCCUGGAAUCCAGCCGUUGGCAGUACUUGCGCCUCUCUCUGGGUCGGUGAUUAUGUCUAUGUUGGCGUGGAGGCGAGUAGUAGCUCGGCAGUGGUAAUUACUACGAGUGCUAUAGCCUUUUUGACCACUAUAGCGACUUCUAGCUCUUCUUCCGCGUCACUAGUCACCCCUACACCUAUUAAGAGUAGUAUAGUCGAUGACUACAAUAUGUACCAUCUAGUUAUUAGUGGAGACGAGUAUACAACCAUCGCUAGCGAUGCUAGAAUCACGCUAGAUGAGUUCUACGAUUAG